CUCCCGUACCCGUAUUCCGCUCCUCCUCCACCCCACUUGGAUUGGGAGCCAAGAAAAACUUGGCCAGGCCUCGCCUCACAAGCCAAGAUCAUACUAGAUCCUCCCAAAGUAGCGCCUCCAACUCCAAUCCAUUCCCCCUUUACCGUUCCCUCCCCCACACCAAAGCCUGGAGGCGGCGUUUCUUGUGGAGGUCUCCCGCAAGUAGCAACCGAGAAAUGGCCCGACCUGAGGAAAACGCGAAAUUCCCUAGCUGCGAUGCCUACUUUGACACUAUCCAGUCCAAGAAGAAGCUCCCGCUAGCUUUGCAGGAGUCCCUGACCGCAGCCUUUGCUCAGAUUCCGGUCGCCUCAUUUCCUGAUGUUCCUAGUGGACGAGUAACCGAAAUUCCUGGAGAAACUUCUGUUCUUGAUGCGGUCAGAAUUUUAUCCGAACACAACAUAAGGGCAGCGCCGGUGCUGAAUCCACAGCCUGGGGCUCCGGCUGACUGGCAAGGGAGGUAUCUUGGCAUCAUUGAGUACUCGGCCAUCAUCCUCUGGGUACUUGAUAAUGCUGAUCUUGCGGCCGUAGCGCUGUCAGCUGGAUCGGCAACUGCUGCGGGGGUUGGAUUGGGUGCUGUUGGUGCAGUGGGGGUGGCAGCAUUAGGCGCAACUGGCCCCGCAGCUGUUGCUGGCCUCACUGCUGCAGCCAUAGGGGCUGCUGUUGCUGGCGGUUUGACUGCCGAAAAGGGUGUUGCAAAGGAUGGAGUAACUGCUGCUGAUCAUUUAGGAGGAGAUUUCUACAAAGUUCUCCUUCAGCAAGAACCUUUCAAAUCAACUACGGUUCGAUCAAUUGUGGAGUCCUACCCCUGGUCUCCUUUUGUCCCUGUUACGCUGGACAGUUCAAUGCUUACUGUACUGUUGUUGCUCUCCAAGUACAGGUUGAGGAAUGUCCCAGUGAUUGAAUCUGAUAAGCCAGUCAUUAAGAACUUCAUUACUCAGACUAGUGUUGUUAAAGGGCUUCAGCAGUGCAAAGGAAGGGAUUGGUUUGACUAUAUUUCUGCGCUUCCUCUUUCAGACUUGGGCCUUCCAUUCAUGUCAUUUGACGAGGUUAUUACAGUUAACAGUGAUGAUCUAAUCUUAGAGGCUUUCAAGUGCAUGAAGGAUAACAAAAUUGGUGGCGUACCUGUGGUAGAAGGCCCCAAAAGGAAACUAGUUGGCAGUGUGAGCAUAAGGGACAUUCGCUUCCUGUUGCUUAGGCCAGACUUGUUUUCUAAUUUCAGGCAACUUACCGUCUUGGAGUUCAUGAAGGCUCUAGGUUCCACUCUUCCUGAUUCAGGGGACAACGGACUGGUGAAACCGCCACUCACCUGUGCACCUGAUGCUUCUAUGGGCAGUGUAAUUGACAGCAUCGGAUCGAGGAUAACCCACCGGAUAUAUGUGGUGGAUGGUGACUAUGAGGUUGUUGGUGUGGUGACACUGCGAGACGUGAUCUCUUGCUUCAUCCACGAGCCCCCUGGUUUCUGUGACAGUUAUCUAGCUUCAGCGAUGGAGAAGCUCGACGACAAAGGCGCUGCAGGAUCCGUUGAGAACAGCUGAGCUCUCCGUAGCGUGAGUGCUGAAGUAACAGACAAAAGGUUAGUGUGGAGGUCUUGCAGUUGGACUGAUUCGUUCAGGUCGUGGUGUCAAUACAGUAGAGUCUCCCAUGAGAAGGCGUCGGGUGUCUGUUUAAUGUGCUUUAGUUGGUCGUUUCUUUUCCUGAGUCAGCACAAUUUCGUGGUGCAAACACUGCAGUGACGAUUCUGUAAUGAGUAAAAGCGUUAACGAACCAAAACGUGUUCUCUAACCUCAGAUUUACUUUUGUA